AUGGCUUCGACGUCCCCGCCUCCAGCCAGGCAAUUCAAACCCGAGCCCGUCGAGACCACCGUCACAAGCUCAAGAUCAACUCGCAACCAGUCGGACCACCCCUCGUCCACACCUCCUAUGAGCAAGUCAUCUUUAAAUCAAACCAACCCCAUGCCUCCUCCUCAGACCAAGCCACGCAGAUUCUUGCCUCAGCCGGUGGAGGAGACUUUCAGGAGUUCUCGGAAAAAGAAUAUUGUGGAUGGUAUAGACGACUCGGUGACGGCCAGGGGAGUUGGUAGUGGUCCUUCAAACGAUUCCAGCGCAAGCUCUGUCUCGCCGCCGAACGAUCCUCCCUCUCUUUCUGGCGUGCACGGUAGCGGAGCUUCUGCAGGACCCACACGCUUUGCACCGGAGCCUGUAGAAACGAGUACUCGGUCUUCAAGACGGAAAUUCAGCCCCGAACCUAUUGAAACAACUACGAGGAAUAGCAAGGACAGAGAUAAUCUUCUAAAAGAGGAAGCAGCGCCUAAACCUCGUAGGAGAUUCGCCCCGGAGCCGGUUGAAACGACGACAAGGAGUUCCAAGGAAAAGAAACCGCAGGACGGAGAUCUGACAACGUCAACUCGUCCUCGAAGGAAGUUCGCUCCGGAGCCUAUAGAGACCAGUACAGUGACGAGCAGAAGACGCGACCCCGACCCAGAGGACUUGGACGAGGAGCCACCAAAAACCGGCGACUCUUCUGCUUCUAGUAGAGCUUCGACCGGUCCCCGGAAAUUCUCGCCGGAACUGUUAGAGACCGCCAAAGGCUCCUAUCGACGCGUGCACCUCCCUACUCCUGAAGCUAGGCCAUCACCUCCGCCGAGUCGACGGGCGCCCUCUCCUCCACCGGAAGAAGAAGAAGAACAGCCUGAGGAGAUUUCUGGGGUUGAAGAAUCACGCUUCUCGGCGGCCGCUCUGGCUCGGAAAACCCCAGAGGCCUUGCGCCAGCAUUCGUUUGCUGUUCCUGAUUUGCCCAUAAUCGAGUCGACUUCAGAAGAUGACGACUCUGAAGCACCCUCACUGAGCGACUCUCCUUCAUCCGUGGAAUCAGUUGCCAAGAGAGCACCACCCAGUGCAAAGGACAGCUAUACUGAAUAUGUUCUUCGCUUGGCUGCCGAAACGGUGAGCGAGAAGGAGUUAGAGGAGCAGGCAAUGGCCGCCUACAUCAAUGAACGACCACAUGAGCCCGUGGAUCACUUUGCCAUUUCGCGUGAGGAUGAUGAAGAUGGCCCUUUACCAGUGCCAAUGUUUCAAGGCGAAAAGGGGGCUGAUGCUCGCACGUUCCGAAGGUCGUCCGCUGCAGAACUGAAUUUGGAGCUGGAGAAUAUGCGAAAACAUCACGAGCAAUUAGAAGCGGCCAAACAGGAGCUAAAAGCUGAUACCGCCGGUCAAAGCCGGUUCAGUGCCGCAGCGUUGGCGACUCGGCAUGCAUUGGAGGCGAAAGGAUUGAAGAGAACGAAGAAGCCCCGAGCAGAGGAGGAAGACCCAGAACUGGCCCGUAUGAGGGCUGCUGCGUCACCUCCAAUGUUAGGCGGCAGUCUCGUCUUCCCGUUCACUAUCUCGCCGAAGAUGACGCGCUGCGACCCCGAUCAACCUCCAAGACCUAGAAAUGCAGAAAGCGACGAUGAGUCGACGGAACCUAGUAGUCCUCAUCUCUGGAAAGCGCACAAGAAGCAUGAGAACAACACGGGCGAAGGGCUAUGGAUGGGCAUGUGCCAAGCAGGGUUGUGGCAACCUCGGAGUCCCCAAAACGGCUUGCGCAGCGGCAUUCAAACACCUUCGCCUGUAACUCCGGCGGGAGAAAGAAACAACCCAUUUGAGGCCAACACGCCUGGUCGGGGAUAUCAAACUCCUGGACGGCGCCGACAACCCCUCUCGGGCUUAUGCUAUCUGCCAUUGACCCCACCACGCAGUCAAGACGGGGAGGACCAGUUCACCAGCACGAUUGACAAAAAGCUGCGAAUUGAAAAACAAAUCGAAGACGAAUUCCCCAACCGUGUGAUUACCCAGAUAUACAACUAUCUGAGCCUAGGAUACCCCAGUCUUGCACAUAUGUUUGAUGAAGAACUCAGCAAGAUUUCUCGCAUUCCUAUAGAAGAACUGCGCAAGGAUGAUAACAAUGUCGAUGCCAAAGGGUACGUGGGUGCUCCAGAGGGCGGUGGCUGGGAUGAAGCCGAAGUCAUCGGAAAGUGCAAACGAUGGGAGGCGCUGAGGCUCUAUGUAAGAGAAUGGGCCCGGCAGAGUCCGAAUUUCGCAGACGACCGAAGGCGCGCAUGUUUGGGUGCAGAUGAGGACUGGGGCGCGAGAGCAAGGAAGGGCAGUUGGGCUCAUUAG